GGCGGCGGCGGGCGGGAUUUCCCGGCCCCUCCCGGAGCGGGAGGAGACCUGCUGCGGAGUGGGUGCGAGGGAGUGGGUGCGGCCAGCGUGGCGCAGCAGGCGAGGGUUGGGGGUCACCGCCUUACACCCCGUGAGCCCGUUGCGCAGACCCGGAGCCCCACUUGUGGGUGGCUUUGCUGUGGCUUGGGCUCCACGUCGCGCCCCCCUUUCCCUAGACGCGCACGGUCUUCUGUGGCCCGGGACCCCGCGGGGCGCGCUUUCACUGAGCCCGGGGCGCGCGAUGCCGCUUGGCCUGGCCGCCCCCGUCGAGCGCCGCGCCGGGGACCCAGCCCGCGUCUGAGCGGCGCUGGCUGCGCACCGGCUGCGAGGACCCCACAGCAGGACCCUGAGUCAGCCUCUCUUCUAACAGCCAGCUUCCACUGCUGCAGAGUCCCCUGCCUGGACCUGUUCCUGUACCACCUCUCAGUAGGGAGCACAGGAAUGAAGGAAGGCAUGUCUAAUAACAGCACCACCAGCAUCUCCCAGGCCAGGAAAGCGGUAGAGCAGCUGAAGAUGGAAGCCUGCAUGGACAGGGUGAAGGUCUCCCAGGCUGCCUCAGACCUCCUGGCCUACUGUGAAGCCCAUGUGCGGGAGGACCCUCUCAUCAUCCCGGUGCCUGCCUCAGAAAACCCCUUCCGGGAGAAGAAGUUCUUCUGCACCAUUCUCUAACCCCCAUGGCGAUGAACCGGGCCCUUUCCUGCCAUAAAAGUUCCGAGUAGAGACCAUGCAUGCUCCCGUGUAGAGGCAUGCCUCCCACAGCAGCCCAUCUCUGUCCAACCAACCCUGAUCUGGGCUCAUCUUGUUUUAUCAUAGUCCCUUCAUAACAUUGUUUCCUCUUCCUUUUUUUUUUUUUUUUUUUGGUUUCAUUUUUCUUAUUCCCAUCCGUAGAGAAAUCAGACAUUUUUAUAGCCAAAUAACAAAUGUGCCAUACAAAAGUGUAGAUUUAAAGGUCUACAGUUUUUAAACAUUCCCAAACGUAAAUAUAUCCAGUUAAUAAAUUUCAGUGGGUAAUUUAUUGAAAUAGAAACUGUGCCAAGUGUCUCCCACGCACAGUAAUUCAGUAGCAGAUGAGAGCGUGUCAGCCAGACACAUGUGAGGGUGGGGUCUCCUUCUCCUCUGGCAUCUCUGUUGUAGGAGCCUUCGGGGGCAUGUGGCAAGGCCCUGGAGAUGACUAAUAUCUCAACCUGUUUAUCCCUGAACAUUCCAAAGCUGAGGCUUCUGAGAAUACAUUUGUGGUGUAGACACUGGAGCAGCCUUGACUGUAGAUACUGGGCCAGCUCCUCAGUCCAAAUGCCCUGCUCUCCCUUCUGCUUCCUCCUACUUGAUGUUCCUGGUAAGGCAAGGAGUCUGACAACACUGGGCCAUCUGGAGUCUCGGCACAGUUAUCCCUGGAAGUGAUCUCACGAUGCCACUCGCUGAUCUGAGAAUUUAUGGGUGUCAACAUAUUUAACCUAACAAGAAAUGCUCCAAAUAUAGGUCUAUUUUUAGAGAGGAAAUAUUCCAGGCAUAGAGAAAUGAGAUUUGCUGAAAACUGCAGACAGAAAAUAGGCACACCAAGACUUCCAUAUGUGGGUAGACCAUCCCUAAAGCCCUCCCUGAAGUCCUGAACUGUGGCCACCUGUUGCAAGUGUGCAGAUUCACAAACAGUCCUAACUGAACGCUAGGAAUGAAGCAAACUCAUUUCACACUAUCUGGAUGUACACCCCUCUCCCACCUUGGCCGAGAGAAGUGUCACAAACCUAGAUUAUGGCAGUUUGUGAUAGAUGAUAUGUAGGUGCCCCAAGACCAGAUAGCAGUAAGCCUUGAGAUUUUUCAAGACAAGGCUGUUGGCCUCAUCUAAGGCACCCCCAUGCCCUCCUGAUGGAGGUGGUAACCACAGUUGCUGAGGGCUCGGUGAGGACAUUAGUUGUGUAGAUAUUUGGAAACUGCCUCUCUUCUGGAUCUCAAAGAGAUCUUGCUGUGUACGGCUGGGCAAGCCGUUGUGUGCCAAGCUGUUCAAACCAGCAAAUUGCAGACAGUUAAUUACCCCUCUUGCUCUUCUGCCAGGGCAGAAAACAAGUAAAGCUCUGAUUAUCCUUGAAAACCAGUAUGUGCUGGAUGACAGCCUAUAAUGCUGUGGAGUGUGUAUGACUUCAUAGACACCAUGGUUCUGGGAUGAGGAGCGUAAAAUGGCCUCCAAGGAGGUGACUAUUAUUUUUAGAUGGGUUUGUGCCUUGCUACCCUCUCUUGCAGCUUUUGUAGAAACUGUUCUUAGUUUCACUACUGGACACGAGAUCAGAGGCUAAGACUCUGGUUUUGUCGGGCUGUAACGAGAUCUCUGUAUUCUAUGGCUCAUGUUGGCAUCAUUAGCUAACAGAGCAGACCAUAGUCCACAAAAGCCAAGGAAGUGGGGCAGCACCUACAGGUCAAGAGAACAGUGUGCUUUAAUCUCCUACCAAACUGUCUCUGCUUUCCUGCCUCCCAUUCCCAAGCAUCUUUCUUAUAUUCUCCUGUGGAUGGCGUAUCCACGAGUAACUGUCCUGGGAAGAUCCCCCCACCCCUCCACCACUCUACUGCUUGGACCCGUUGAGCUUUUGGACCCCCAACAUCUUUCUACUUAUACCUAGAUUUCUGUUAAUUCUUGGAGUCUUGUGAUCAACCUCGUAAACUCAUUAUUCCACAAAGUAUCCUCAUUUGGCUGUAAAUAUUUCAUGAGGAGACAACUCCACCCCUGAGUAUGUACUCAACAGAAAUGUGUGCAUCUCAUCAGAAGAAAAGCACUAGAGUGUACCCGGAAGUAAUAGCCAGAAGGAGCCCCUUAUGCCCACCUUGAAGGGAUAAGCAGAUGAGGGUCAUUCACACACUGGAGUCUCAGCUCCAUCCACAGCUUGAUGCAAAUCUUGCUGCCUGGGGGACUGAGAGCAGCCAAGCCCAAGCUAUAGCUCCAGUUCCAUACAGCACAGGCCUGGCAGGCCAACCCAUGCUGGUUGAAGGAGGGGCAGUAGCUGUUCUCAAAGGGGCAACAGAGAGGAGACACAAAAGGCUUCUAGAAUGUUCUGUCUCUGGAUCUAGCUGUGGACCACGGUGAUAUGUUGAAUUUGUGGAAGUUCUCCAACUGUCCGUUUUUGGGUGCUUUUCUGUAGGUGUGUUAUACUUCAAUAAAACAUUGAGCUCUGUGAC